AUGGCACCCCGCGAGAAAGGCCCCACCAAGAACCAGUACUCCCAAGGCCUCACCUAUGUCGCACAAAAACCCUCCUUCCUGCAAAACUUUGGUGCUCCUCCAGCAUCUACAUCUGGCCGCCCGGGGAGAGAAGCUUUGCCUGAAAGACCCUCAGAAGGUGAAUGGGCGGGAGGCAGUGAUAACGAAGAUGAGGACGAAGAGGAUGAGUGGUCAAGAGCGCUGGGCGGAGGAGGGGACGAGGGGCCCCAGGUAGUCGUGCUGAAAGAAGGGAGGCAUCUAAGCAGAGACGAGAUUGAGAGGGAACGGAGACGAGCCAAAGGUGAAAAAACUCCUCCACCGGAAGAGACAAAGACAAAGGCCCCCAAAGACCCUUCAGCAAAGACGGACAAGGAACCCAAACGCCCCAUAAUACCAAAGCCCAACCUCAACAAGCGAAAGCUUGUGGGCAAUGACCCGGAAGAGGACAAGGCAGACGAUGCCAAGAAAGACGGCGUUGAUAAGAAGAAGAAGAAGAAGGCAAAGAAGGGGCUUUUGAGCUUCAAUGAGGAGGAGGAAGUCUGA